AUGUCAUAUCGACGUAGUCAAGAUUUUUAUAUUAGUUCAAUGAUUCAAUUUAAUUGUGAUGGUUCACUUUCGACAUCUACAAAAUGGACAAUCAAAAAUUGUACUUCAAUUAGUUGCUCAUUUGAAAUUGUAUUAAAUGACAAAGUUAUGACAACAUAUAGUGAACUUUAUAUUCCAUCAAGAACUCUUGAUUAUGGUGUUUAUCAA